AUGGAUUCGCUGCCCAGUCACCUUACGUCGGUUCCGCUGCCGUGCGCGGCCGUGUCUGCGUACAGCGAUGGUCAUUCAAAGCUGCGAGACUUCAUCGUGACUGCGGGCCGCGCUGCGACCAGCAACAACAGGGAUCGCAUGAAAGUAGACCUUUACGACGGGUCCAAGAUCAUCCAUGACGACACCGAUGGCGCUCAGCACUGGGAACUUGAGAUCCCGGAAGACGCCGACUGGGUGUUGCUACAGCGGAGCCUGCCCCCGUGUAUCGUUUGCGUGCGGGACUGGCAGAACUACGUGGUCGACGCGUCGUGGUCAGCGGGCAACGCGGAUGACGGCGCCGCGUCCCAAGAUGAUGCCAAAACAUCGUCUCAAUCAGACCCUGCUGAAGAUGACAGUUUCGACGCGAAGCCUGCGAACGAGUCGCUUUUGAUACGCGGUGACAUGAAGCAGUUGUCAGACAUUAUAAAGUCCGAUGUCGAGCGCACGUUGAACGCCUACCGUAAGAACGUGCUGGGCCGCAAGCCCGUGGCGGGCAGGAUCAUGUUCCUGAUCCUGCUGCGUAAGGGCACCAAGAACCCGCACAAGGCAGUCAACAGUCUCAAGAACCUAAAUGCCAACGAAGUGGCGGCGGUUUGCGUGACGUGUGGCGAGGCGGAUAUUGCGAGCAAGCUCUCCAAGUUGGAGCAGCUCAUGUAUGAAGUCAGCUUGGCCUACUACGAACGCAGGGCCCACCUGCUCGCCAAGGCGCUGUCGAAGGUGAAGCCCAGCGCGGGUCCGACGGUCGACGAGACGUCCGAGAUAAACGCGGCCAUGGCAUACUUCAAGCUGGCAUACUUCCACCAGUUCGUCGCCAACUUCAAGGAAAGCGUGCACGCGUUGGGUCAGGCGUGGUCGCACGUCAUCCCGGCGGUGAUGUGCCGGCCUUGCGAGGAGUACGCCAGUGUGGCGCUGUACAUCGCGCUGCAGAUGGUGGGCGCGCGAUUCGCGUGCUCCAACAUCGUGGAGGCGCUCACAUUCGCCUUUGAGGCUGCUGCCUUCUUCAAGCGGUUCUUCUACUCCGAUGGGCUGCUGCCCUUGUACCACAACCUGUGCUACCUGCUGCACCACUCCGUAGCGGUGCACCUGGACAAGGCGAAUCAGUACAAGGAGCUGAAGGCGAACAGCCACAUUCGACAGCACGCGGCCAACUUCUACAAGUGGUCGCUGCGGCACCUGAUGCAGAUGCGUAUCACCCUGAUGUCCCAGACCGACGUCACGGAAUUCCCGAGGAAGUUCGGAUCGUUGUUUUUCAGGGACGACGAGGAUUUCGGCUACUUGUACGAGGGCGCUGCAGCUGAGCGGCAUGGCCAGAGCAAAGAGCGCCGUGUGCGAUACCUGGAGUCGGUGACGGAAGGCAUCCUGGUGAAGCUGAUGGACAUGCUGUCCACCUGCAGCUGGUACCAGACCUUGUUAGAGGUGACGGAUAUCUUGGGUGAUUCUCUGUUCCUUUCGUUUAAGUUGAGGGAGGCCUUCUUCAUUUACGCCAACAUCGCUGAGUCACUGGUCAACCCAACGCCUCUGGACACUGAUUACCUGCUGAAGAGCUGUUCGUCCUCCGUCAUCUCCGAAGCGCUGAAGGUGAGCACCACGGCUCGUUCAGCUCAGCGGACGGACUCUAACGCGGGCCAGGAUAUGCUCAGCCUCCAGCCGAAUUUCCUGAAGACGUCAACCACGAUGCUGUUGGCUGAGCACGCCCACUCGAAGGUCUGGUGGUCGCUUUACGAGCUCGUGCUGUCGAAAAUGAUGGUGACGUUGAACCUUUUGUUAGGCCAACCCUUGGAGCUGCCGCAGUCCGUGAUGAAGGCCGCUAACCUCCCGACGAGCAUCUACGAAGAGCCUUUGCGGAGCAAGUUCGAGCUUGAAAACAGCCCCAGGCUGGACAUCGAUAUGUUGACCGGCAGCGCUCGGCGGGAGUACUCGUUGAUCCUCCUGAAGUCGAUGCUGACGCUGCAUUCCGUCAAGGGAACCCCCUUCGACUUUGAACCCACGUGCAAUUGGCUGCUGUCGCGCCUUUCACCGAGGCACGACUUUUUGAGCUCCAUCCUGCUGAGCAAGCACCACCAAGCGCAGUACAUGCUCGGCCGCGCCGAGAUCUGCGACGACACCAUCAUGACCACCCUGCAGAUUCUGGUCAGCUUCCAUGUCGACCUCCCCUUCGGCGUGGAGGUGUCAAACGUGACCAUAUGCACGUCCAUCGGCACGUUUGCCUUCGACAUUUCCGAGGUGCUGUGCAUCAACGACCGUGUGGAAAUAUACACCACCCCGUGCGCAGGGGAGCACACCACGGACGCCUCGGGGGUCAAACGCGAGGACUCGCUGAGCAGUGAGGGCGUAUCUGGUGGUCGCGCCGAGAGCAGUUCCGAGGACAGCGGAGCCAGUGAUGGCGACCAAUCUGCACGCAUCGGCGAGAAGCAACCUGAGGUGGUAAGCGACGCGACAAGGCCAGCAGCAGUAAGUAAAACGGCGGUCCUCAGAGGCGAUAGCCAUGUGCUGCUCGCCAUAACAUGCCCCGCCAUCAACAACAAGUUCAUGGUGGACAACUUCGUGUUGUUGGGCGUGAACCUGCUCUGGGUUAAGGAUAUGGCUGACGGCACGUCGGUCAACAUAUCGUGCGUCAUGCCGUGCCUCACGUUACGGUUGGCUCACGGUAUCCCCGGCAUAGGGGACACUAUGUUCACAGCGGACCCACGCCACGGCGUCUUCCGCAUUUUCGAUGAUGUGGCCGCCGUCGGAGCCGUGAGCGCGUCGCUCAAAUCGGAGGAGCUGCUGGAUACUAUCGCAGUGAACCCGAAGCGCGCGGACAGCUGUGGCAUCGUAGUGGACACGCUGGUGGAGCUGACGAGUGUGAGCCAGUGCCUGCUCGACUUCGAUGAGCUGGUUGACUCGCACUCUUCGGCGUCAAUGCCGCACGCCCGCGGCGCGUACCGGAUGUUCGUAAAUCGCAUAUACUUCAAGGCCUUCUUGGGAGAGUUGGUGGAGGGGCACGUGGCCCCGGUGACCUGCGUCCUCCUGUACAACAAAAACAUCCUAAAGGCCGAGUAUCUUCCACGCAUUCGGUUCUCCGUCGAGGUGACGUCCAGCGCUAACUCGUUCCACUUCUACGCCCUGUGUCGUGACGGCGCGGAUGACAGUGGCAUCAUGCGCCUCUGCGUGAACAACAAGUUCUCUCUUACCCUGACUGGGUUCGCCGAUGCGCAGCACUUCGACCUAGGCACGCGUCUGGACACCCGGAGCGGGCCCGAUGCGGACGCCGUGGUGCCCACUCUUUUUGCCGACGACCCUGCGGUGGCUUGCAGCAUCAACGAGGACAUGACAAACUUCCUGGAGUUAGCCAAACGUGAUUCUAAUACCGGCGUGGUCUACCUAUUCGGCUUGUUCAAGGCGCUUUCGCACGGGCCGACUACUGUCAAGUUCAACUUGCAGAUGCAGCCGAUGUUGGGCCACACUUUGAAGGCGAUGGAGUCGCAGUUCCUGGUUGUGACGGACGUAACGAAAACCUUCGUGCACGAGCCCGUGUCCCUGGACCUUGCCGUCGACCAAGUGUACGACAACGACACCGGCGGCUACAUGAAGUUUUUGAAUAUGCACCUGUCGAACAAGAGCCCGCUGCAAUACUCCCUGGAUAGCGUGCGUGUGCUCCACGACGGCAUAUCGGUAGCCCAGAACGACCAGUUGUACGGCUACCGCAAAACGAUGGAGGACAGGGAGGGACUGCUGUUCAUGUACCUGUGCCCAACCAACAAGCACGGUGAAUCCGGCAUGGAAGUCCAGUGCCUGCAUUCCGUGGUUCAUGCCGAUGCGUUCCCAUACAACCGCCUGCAGCCGUGCUUCCAGAUUAUGUUAACGAAGAACAUAUCCCUUUACAACGAGAAAGACCACUGCGAGAUCCUGAUUGCGGUCAAGCACCAGAGCAUCGUUGAGUUGGGACAGCCGUUCGAGUUCGUUGCCGAGAUCCGGAACAUGACCCCGCACACCCUGGAUUAUUGCAUCACUCUGCCAACUGGCGGCGCAACAGGCAGUCCGUUCAUGAUAUCAGGUCCGCGCUACCUAGACAUGAUCGCACUGCCGCACGCAUUGCGAACUGUGAAGUGGGUAUUGAUGGCGAACAAGUGCGGCCACCACAACCUGCCGGAGGUGAGGCUAGAACAGCGCCGAAAGCUGUCGCUGUCUAGGGAUGAUUUCGUAUCUGUGCCGUCUUUGAUCUACGUCACGCCGCGUCCAUUGGACCCGGCAUAA